CCUCGGUGGUUCUCCGUUAGGGUGUUAGCCGGGUUUAUGCUACCAGAUUUGUAGCUUAGGUGACCGGUGUGUUUGCCGUUGCCAGGCCGGUGUUGUUGUUACCUAACGUGCUAAUGUCUUGCUCAGGCAUGGUUUUAAUCGGUUACCGGGCUCGGUUCGCGGUUCUGUGUUACGGUGCGGAACCGAAGGCUUUUAUUAACCUCAGCUUUUCAAAUUAAGAAGCUAAAGUCUGCUAAUCUGAGGUGGUGUCUUUACUGCGUUGAACAUUUCAGAUUGGGGCUUCAUUUCCAGAAGCUGCUUUGGUUUUGAGGUCUGGGCGCUAAAGCCGCUUGCCGCUGAUCGCCACCAUGUCCAAGAGCAGGAGCUCCGAGUCGGUCAAGGUGGUGGUUCGCUGCCGCCCCAUGAAUGAGAAGGAGCGGGCAGCGGGCUUUGAACGGGUGGUCUCCCUUGACGUCAAACUGGGUCAGAUUAUGGUGAAAAACCCUCGUGAAGCUUCAGCCAACGAACUCCCUAAAAUCUUCACGUUUGACUCUGUGUACGACUGGGACUCCAAGCAGAUCGAUCUGUACGAUGAAACCUUCAGACCGCUGGUGGAUUCUGUUCUCCUUGGGUUCAACGGAACCAUUUUUGCCUACGGCCAGACGGGCACAGGGAAGACGUACACCAUGGAGGGAGUGAGGAAGGAUCCAGAGAGGAGAGGAGUCAUCCCAAAUUCAUUUGAGCACAUAUUCACCCACAUUUCACGGUCCCAGAACCAGCAGUACCUGGUGAGAGCGUCGUAUCUGGAGAUCUACCAGGAGGAGAUCAGAGACUUGCUCUCCAAGGACCAGUCGCGCCGCCUGGAGCUGAGGGAGAGGCCUGACGUCGGGGUGCAUGUCAAAGACCUGUCGUCUGUCGUCACCAACAGCGUGCGGGAGAUCGAGAACGUCAUGAACCUGGGCAACCAGAACCGCUCGGUGGGCGCCACCAACAUGAACGAGCACAGCUCACGCUCUCACGCCAUCUUCGUCAUCACCGUGGAGUGCAGGGAGAUGGGCGUGGAUGAGGAGAACCACAUCAGAGUUGGGAAGCUGAACCUGGUGGAUUUGGCGGGCAGCGAAAGGCAGAGCAAGACCGGCGCUCAGGGCGAGAGGCUCAAAGAAGCCACCAAGAUCAACCUGUCGCUUUCUGCUCUCGGGAACGUCAUCUCCGCUCUGGUGGAUGGCAGGAGCAGCCACAUUCCGUACCGAGAUUCCAAACUGACCCGGCUGCUGCAGGACUCGCUGGGGGGAAACGCCCGCACCGUCAUGGUUGCCAACAUCGGCCCAGCUUCCUACAACGUCGAGGAGACCCUGACGACGCUCCGUUACGCAAACAGGGCAAAGAACAUCAAGAACAAACCACGAAUCAAUGAAGACCCCAAAGACGCCAUGCUCAGAACGUUCCAGGAGGAAAUCCUACGGCUGAAGGAGGAGCUGGAGAAACGUGUGGGAAAGAAGAAGAGGAGGAAGCAGAGGAGGAGGGCCGGGGAGGGGAGCGAAGGAGAAGAUCUGGAAGAAGGGGAGACGGAGGACGAUGAUGAAGUUGAUAAAGGAGAAUACUGGAAAGAGCAGCAGGAGAAGCUGGAGAGAGAGAGGAGGGCCAUCAUGGAGGAUCACAGUCUGGUGGCGGAGGACAAGGUGCGGCUGCUGAAGGAGAAGGAGAAGAGGAUGGAAGACCUGAGGAGAGAAAAGAAAGCUGGGGAGAUGCUUGCAGCUAAAGUUAAAGAUAUGGAGAGUAAGCUCCUGGUUGGCGGGAAGAACAUCGUGGACCACACCAAUGAGCAACAGAGGAUGCUGGAGCACAAAAGGCAAGAAAUCGCAGAACAGAAACGACGAGAGCGUGAGAUGCGGCAGCAGAUGGAGAGUCGUGACGAAGAAACGCUGGAGCUCAAGGAGACCUACAGUUCUCUGCAGCAGGAGGUGGACAUUAAAACCAAGAAGCUGAAGAAGCUGUUUUCCAAGCUCCAGGCGGUGAAGGCUGAAAUCCAGGACGUCCAAGAGGAGCACAUCAAGGAGCGGCAGGAGCACGAACAGAUCCAGAACGAGCUCACGCGGGACCUCAAACUCAAGCAGCUGAUCAUCGAAAACUUCAUUCCACUAGAGGAGAAGAACAAAAUCGUCAGCAGAAUGUUCUUCGACGAGGAGGAGGAGUGCUGGAAGAUGAAGCUCAUCACCUGCACAGAGGAAGACCACCAGAUGAUGUGCCGGCCUCUGUCGGCGGUUGGCUACAGGAGGCCACUCAGUCGGGACGCUCGCAGGGCCAUGUUGAUGAAGCCCGAUGCCAGAUACAAAGCGGACAACAUACUCCUGCUGGAGAUGGACAUGCCCACACGCACCACUAAAGACUACCAGGAGCCCGUGAUCGCUCCAAAGAUGGCGGCGGCUCUGGAGGACGCCCUCAGAGACGAGGACGAGAUCCAGGUGGACGCCUCGGGUUUUCACAGCAGCCUGGGAGCGGCUUUUCCAGCCGGCAGCCUCAAGAAACCAAAGUCAGGCCGGCCGAGAACAGGGAGGAAAUCUGGCACUCCGACCUCUCCGUUCAGCCUCUCCAGCCCAGGAAGUCCUCUUUACCCACAAUCCCGUGGCCUGGUGCCCAAAUGAUGACUUGUAGGACCACUGACACCGCCCCCACGCACCUUUCAAUUCCACAUCUGAUCCUCUGGGUGGUUCCACAUCCAGACUGGUCUUCAACGCUCAGCCUGACUGCAGUAUCACUGGUGACUUUAUUCUGACUUUGAUAUGAAGCUGAAGGAAAAGGUCUGGUUUCCACAGCGAGCAGAGCUCCGUCUGUUCCCUCUACGACGCCGAAACCUUCCUGUAGCGGGCGCUCUCACCACAAACCUCGCUCUGCUGAAAUCUGGAUCCUCUGUGGAGGACGAUGGAACGAGCCCGUCCGGCUCCUCCGAUGUGCCUCAGGUACAUCAGGGUUCCAAGGUGCCUUAAAUCCAAGCCCUCAAACCUCAUUUCAAUGAUGAUUCCUUCCUGAAAUCCCAUCUGGGAAUGCACGCACCUCCACGACAUUCAGGUUUCAGCACAUCCGUCUGUGACGACCAUCCUCAGACGUGUUUAGAGUAAACCGAUCUCCUUCAGCAGAUGACAACACUUGAACACAUGAAGUUCUCUGCUGCUUCCACCUUCGACUGCUGGUUCAAAUAUUUAACUUUCACGUUUUGUUAAAUGUGUUAAAGGAGUUUAAAAUGUAACUUAUUACAGUCGUCUUUAUAAGAGUUGUAGAUAAAAUUUUAUAUUUGCUUUUCUUCAGCAUAGUUUUAUUUUUGGAGCUCUGUAAUUUAAGGUUUAAAUUUUAUUUGAUCUUUUUGCAUCAAAUCUGCAGGAUGUGUGUUAGUUUGUAUUUAGUUUGGCUUUUAACUCUGAAGGUUCUUCUCUUAAAAAAAUGUGAUUUUUAAAAUGAUUUAAACUUGAACACAAUCUUCUUAAAGAAGACCUGCAGCAUGUUUCUCAGCACGUUCCAUAUCCACUAAGACAAUUUCACUUUUCUUAUUGUAGACAUCUGGUAAACACACUUGACAUCAUCACAAUGUUGACCAAUUUUAUAUGCUUCUGAUGAUUUCAAGCCAAAUCGUUGUUGCUGUUUUUUUCAUUAAACAAAAUUUAAGGAAAAUAUAAAA